AUGGCUACGGAUAUCAAAUUCGAAGGAUGGGUUGGAAAGGACAAGGAGAGCGCCAAGGGACACAUGGAAUGGGGCCAAUUCGAGCCUAAGAAGUGGACGGAGGAUGACGUCGACAUUGAAAUUUCGCAUUGCGGUAUCUGCGGCUCAGAUUUGCACACAUUGAGUUCUGGCUGGAGGGAAACCCCAUACCCUUGCGUUGUCGGUCACGAGAUCAUUGGCAAAGCCAUCCGGGUUGGCCAGAACAUCAAGCACAUCAAACAGGGCGAUCGUGUUGGUGUUGGAGCGCAGGGACGCUCUUGCAUGCAGGCUGACUGCCCCAAUUGCUCCAAGGGCAUUCAGAACCACUGCGCACGAGGAUCAGUCAGUACUUAUGGUGGUGUCCACCCCGGAGACGAGGGCAAGUCUUACGGAGGGUACGCCACGCAUAACCGUUCUAAUGGACACUUUGUGCUGCCCAUCCCUGAUGGUUUGGACAGUGCUGAUGCAGCUCCCAUGAUGUGUGGAGGAGUCACUUUAUACUCGCCAUUGAAAAGAUUUGGCUGUGGACCUGGAAAGUCUGUUGGAAUUGUCGGAGUUGGUGGUCUUGGCCACUUUGGAAUCCUCUUCGCAAAAGCCCUGGGCGCCGACAAGGUUGUGGGCAUCAGCCGAAAAGCCGAAAAGCGCGAUGAUGUGCUCAAGCUAGGUGCUGAUGCUUACAUUGCCACGGAUGAAGAUGAAGACUGGGCCAAGAACAAUGCGGCAACACUGGACCUCAUCAUCUGCACUGUCUCCAACGCCAAGAUGCCUCUGAAUGGCUACCUUGGUCUACUCAAGACGUUUGGUGACUUUGUCCAAGUUGGUGCGCCGGACAAGGGCGAAUUGCCUCCUAUCAAUGCCUUCACACUUCUGAGAAGUGGAAUCAAGGUCGGUGGCAGCGCUAUUGGUUCACUCGACGAGAUCAAGGAGAUGCUACAAUUGGCAGCUGAUAAGAAGAUCAAGCCGUGGAUUCAGAAGAGGCCUAUGAAAGAUGCUAACAGUGCCAUUGUUGACAUGGAGGAUGGAAAAGCCAGGUAUAGAUAUGUUUUGGAGAACUAGAGCUUUAGACGGCAAAGAUACCAGUUUGUUUCAAUAGAGC